AUUUAACCGGCUGCCGCCACCGCCUCCGCGGACAGCGCCGAGCGCAGGAGGCUCGGACCCGCGGCCCAUGCCGGCCGCCCCGCCUCCCGCCUCCCCGCCAUGACCAGGCCUCGCGCUCUGGCGGCCGCUGCGCCCGAGUCCGGAAAAGCCAAGCUAACGCACCCAGGGAAGGCCAUCCUGGCAGGAGGCCUGGCGGGCGGCAUCGAAAUUUGCAUCACCUUCCCCACCGAGUACGUGAAGACGCAGCUGCAGCUGGACGAGCGCUCGCACCCGCCGCGCUACCGGGGCAUUUGGGACUGCGUGCAGCAGACGGUCCGCAACCAUGGCGUCCUGGGCCUGUAUCGAGGCCUCAGCUCCCUGCUCUACGGCUCCAUCCCUAAGGCAGCAGUCAGGUUCGGGAUGUUCGAGUUCCUCAGCAACCACAUGCGGGACGCCCAGGGACGGCUGGACAGCACGCGGGGGCUGCUUUGCGGCCUGGGUGCCGGCGUGGCCGAAGCCGUGGUGGUCGUGUGCCCCAUGGAGACCAUUAAGGUGAAGUUCAUCCAUGACCAGACCUCCCCAAACCCCAAAUACAGAGGAUUCUUCCAUGGGGUCAGGGAGAUUAUUCGGGAACAAGGGCUAAAGGGAACAUACCAGGGCCUCACAGCUACCGUGCUAAAGCAGGGAUCCAACCAGGCCAUCCGCUUCUUCGUCAUGACCUCCCUGCGUAACUGGUAUCGAGGUGAUAACCCCAACAAGCCCAUGAACCCACUGCUCACCGGGACAUUUGGAGCUAUCGCGGGUGCAGCCAGUGUCUUCGGAAAUACUCCUCUGGACGUGAUCAAGACCCGGAUGCAGGGCCUAGAGGCACACAAAUACCGGAACACUUGGGACUGCGGCUUGCAGAUCCUAAGGAAUGAGGGGCUCAAGGCGUUCUACAAGGGUACUGUCCCCCGCCUGGGCCGGGUCUGCCUGGAUGUGGCUAUCGUAUUUAUCAUCUAUGACGAAGUGGUAAAGCUGCUCAACAAAGUGUGGAAGACAGAUUGAGCCCCAAGGGUCUGCAUAGGGCCUAUACCAGGCGACUCCAGACCAGCCCCCUCUACCCUUUCUCACGAUUCCAAUGCAGUCGUGCCAAAUGUCCCCUUCUUCUGUCCCUCGCACUCCGUGCCUGGGUCUGUCCCCUGUGGCCAUUGAGUCCAUGUGUUUCAUAGUACUGUGUCCCUUGCGUUCUGUAUGACACCCCCCAUUGUGUCCAUGUUUUCAGCUGAGGCUGGAUGUCUUUCUGGCCUGUGAAUCUGUGCUCACUUGUCCAUGUGAUUACUUAUGAUCCACGUGCCUGUGUUUCAUGUUCUGUGUCGUGACACUGUGCCCCACUUCCCGGGGUGCCCGUGUGGCCUGGGUCCACAGCCCUAUAGCCAUGGCUCAGUCCCAGCCCGGUGCCUUCCACCCUGGGCAGCAGGGGCACCCGCCCCAGCCUACCACAGCUGCCUCUGGGCCUCAGCCUGGCCUCCCUGCAUUCCAGGGGCUGCAUGCCCCCCGCUUCUCCCGCCACUGGCCUUAACUGGUCCUUGGGCCCUCCCUCCACCUGGGACAGGAUGGCACCCGCCACUCUCAGGACCACCCUCCCAAGGCAGAAUAAACCGGAUCCUGUCACA